AAGAAUCCUCACAGCUAUGCUGCUGCUGUUUGUAGCACUCCCCCUGCUGGUGCAGUCCCACCCUGUCUAUAAGGAGUUCCUACCUCUGGACUGUGAGGACAUUUUCAACAAUGGAUCCAGCCACAGUGGUGUCUACACCAUCUACCCAAAGGGUCCUGAGAAACCAGUGCAGGUUUACUGCGAUAUGGGCUGUGACGAGUACGACAGCCACAAGGACGGGAAAUGGACGGUGAUUCAGAGGAGAAUAGAUGGCAGUGUGAAUUUCUACAGAACGUGGGAGCAGUACAAGAACGGCUUUGGGAACAUAAGUGGAGAAUACUGGCUGGGUCUGGAGAAUAUGUUUCUGAUGACAUAUGCAAAUAAAUACGAGUUGAGAGUGGACAUGGAGGAUUUUGAGGGUGGCAGUGCCUAUGCCCAGUACUCUUCUUUCUCCGUUGAUACAGAGGCCUUAAGAUACAGGCUUCACAUCAAAGGCUACAUCAAUGGAGGCGCAGGUGACUGCUUGUCCUACAGUGGUGAGAGAGAUUUUGCAACCUUUGACAGAGACAUCUAUAGCUGUGCAGACACUUACUCUGGUGGGUUCUGGUACGGCUACUGGACAUGUCACCUUGCGAACCCCAAUGGCCAGUACAAACGGGGGAAUGUGGGAAGCGCAUAUACAGGAGUUAUGUGGAGCUGCUGGAGAGGUUACUAUUACUCCCUGAAGACCAUCGUGAUGAAGAUCCGCCGGGUGUCUCUGGAAGAGCUUGAAGGGUAG